ACUAACUUAAUAAAGAAAAAUUAUAUAAAACUAAAACAUUACCUAACAUUAAUAUCUGAUACACUAUAUAAUUCCUUAAAUACUUACCAAAAUUCGUGUGAAAAUAAAAAUCCUAAGGUUUGUUUGAUACGCAAAAUAUCAUAGAUAAAUUUCAUUUCAAGUUAAUUUUGGUAUAUUCCAAAUUAUAUCUUAGGAUUAACUUUUUAAUCUCGAAUAAUUUAUUGCUUAUAUACCAAACAUACGAGUGGGCUGCACAACGUUCGUUUCACACUUCACAGUGCCGACAUCGUCAACGUAAAUGUGAUUAUUCGUUCUGGAAAUACUGUAAAUUGAGGCAUUUGCAUGUUCACUUUGCUUUAAUAGCCUGAAAUUCAGCGAAUUUCGAUCGAUAAGCAGUGGCGUUUGAGCAUGUCUGGGUCAAAUGACGAUGACAAAAAUGGGAGGAAACGUAAUCUGCCUUCAUGGAUGAGUUCACGACCCGGUUCAAGUGGUUCGGGUCAGAAUAAAUCAAACGAUGAAGCUGAGAAAGAAGCAAACAUUUCUACCUCAACUUCAAGUGGUUCAAAUUUCUCGAAAAUUAUGGAAGGGGUUGUAUUUGUCCUAUCAGGUUUUGUCAAUCCCGAGCGUGGUACAUUAAGGUCGCAGGCUUUAGGAAUGGGGGCCAAGUAUCAACCUGAUUGGAACUCGGACUCCACACUCUUGAUUUGUGCAUUUGCCAAUACACCAAAGUUUCGUCAAGUUGAAGCAGAUAAUGGGACAAUUGUAUCGAAGGAGUGGAUAACAGAGUGUUAUAAACAACGAAAACUUGUUGAAAUUGAAACUUUCCUUGUGCAUGCUGGCAAACCAUGGAAACGUCAAAGUGUCUCUCUUGAAUCCAACCAAGAUCAAAAACCAUCAACGUCUAGAAAAUCUCAUACAAGAGCAGAGAAAAGUUCACCUUUUAAGACAACUACUGCUCCUUCAUAUGAGGAGGUACCUUGUGAUAAAGUAAAAGAUGGUUUCUCUCCAUCUAAAGUGAAAAAAUGGGCUAUAGAUGAUCUUAACCGGACAAUUUCAUGGCUGGAGAAUCAAGAUGAAAAGCCCGAGCCCCAUGAGAUGAAAAAAAUAGCUGCUGAGGGAAUUCUAACCUGCUUACAGGAUGCCAUAGAUUCUCUUAAGCAAGGGCAGGAUAUGCGUCAAAUAACUGCGCAGUGGGAAUGCAUCCCUCGUGCGGUUGAGGAGCUGGCAAAGUUUGAUGGUAGUUCUGUUGGUUCAGCUACACUACGUAAGGAUCUUUGGAAGCAAGCUGUGACCUGUAAACAAAUUUAUGAGCUGGAGUACAGAAAUGGAGAAGACGAACUUUUGCAGAUGAAAAAGCAGAGGACUCGUGUAAGUGGAAAGACCGGUGUUACUGCCAAAGAUAAUGCUGCAUAUGACAGUGAUGAUACCGUUGAGAUGACAGAAGAGGAAAUUAACCAAGCUUAUAAUGCCGUAGCAUCUACCAUCAAAAACACCCAGCGAGUGUAAAAAUGGGAGGUAGCCGGUAGAGUAGGUGGAUAUCUGCUUAACGUAGUUUUCAAUUACUUUCUCCUCAUUUUUUUGGUUGUUUUGUUUCUUUUGGCCUGUGAAUGGAUUUGCACUCAGUAUCAACAUCCAAGAGUUAUCAUCUGUCACUUACCUGUUAUAAAAAGUACAAAAAACUAAUUACUUUUGGAGGGAUGUUGUAAGAACUCAACCUGCCAAAAGAGAUUGACAGCA